GGUCGUCUCUCUCUCUUCUAACCUCACUCUUCACUGUCGCGCCUUUCCAACGUUCUCAGUGAUCGCAACCAAAACCCUAGAAACCUGCCAGACCACCGUCCCGCGGCGAGGCGAGAAGGAAGAGAGAGCGAGAGAGCGCGCUGAGGAAUCCUUCUCUCUCUCCCUCGCCUUCGCGCUCGGCAGAUCCCUUCGGAGCUUCCGGGGUUUUGAUUGCUUUCCUGGUGAUCAAGUGGUAAUGGCGGUGCAACAAGCCCCUGCUGGAGCAGCCCCUCCGUCAGCUGGUGUUGUUGGCAAUGCAUUUGUUCAUCAAUAUUACCUCAUCCUUCACCAAUCCCCUGAGCAUGUUCAUCGAUUUUAUCAAGAUAUUAGCAAGCUUGGCCGUCCUGAAAAGAGUGGAGUCAUGGGUAUCACCUCAACCAUGAAAGCUAUCGAUGAGAAGAUCCAGUCACUUGAUUAUGGCGGAUUUAGCGCAGAGAUCAUUACAGUGGAUGCACAAGACUCUUACAACGGCGGAGUCACUGUACUUGUUACUGGAUAUCUUACUGGAAGAGACAAUAUGAAGCGGAAAUUCACCCAGAGUUUCUUCUUGGCACCUCAAGAUAAGGGUUACUUUGUUCUCAAUGAUAUUUUCAGAUAUGUUGAGGAACCCAGUCGUCAACAGCCAAACCAUGAUUCAGCUAAUGAUGUGGAAGUUCCUCAAACUAUUGAGCAAGAGUCAACACCUCCGCAGGAGAACCACAUUCCUCAUCAGGUAGCUGCAGAUUCUGAAGAAGUUAGUCAGGAGGAAGUCUACAAACCCUCUGAGAAUGGAGAUGGUUCAAUUGUGGAGGAGGAAGCCCCAGUGCCUGAAGUAGUUGAUGAAACUCCAGCAGAUUCACACAUAGUGGCUGAAUCUAAUGCUAAAAAUGAAGAUGUUCCGAAGAAAUCGUACGCCUACAUUUUGGGAGUCAUGAAGGAGGGUGCUGUCAAUGUACCAUCUUCUUCACCUUCUCCAAAGCCUGUUCCAAAAUGCCAAGAACCACAAAUGACUGCACCACCGCCUCCAGCCGCCAUACCUGAGACUCAAGUUUCCAGUUUAAAAGCGACUGAAAAUGGGAAUGUUCAAGAGGGUGAAUCUGAUGGGCACUCCAUCUACUUGAAAGGGCUGCCUAUGAAUGCGACCUAUCCUCAAAUUGACAAUGAGUUUAAGAGAUUUGGAGCAAUUAAAGCUGGUGGUAUUCAGAUUAGGAGCCAAAAGGUUGGUUUGAUUUUAGCAAUUUUAGCUACAUUGGAACUUCAUGGCUCAUCAAUCUUUCUCAAACAACAGGGAUUUUGUUUUGGGUUUGUGGAAUUUGAAGAGUCAAGCUCUGCCCAAAGCGCGAUAGAGGCCUCUCCAAUCCCUAUUGGUGGACGACAAGUGGUUAUUGAACCAAAGAAGUCUACUUCACGAGGGAAUAGUAGGGAUCGUUUUCCAUCUGGAAGGGGGGCUGGGUACAGGAAUGAGGGUGUGCGAGGGCGUGGAAGCUAUGUUGGCGGUAGAGGCUAUAACAGGGGCGAACUUAAUAACAGGAUGGAUUAUGGAAACAGAAAUGGUGGCAGGGGAGGAUACGCUAACCGUGGUGAUGGAUAUCAAAGGGCUGAUAAUUCAGGAGGCAAUGGCGGCCGUGUGAAUCGAGCUGGUGGUUUUGCUGUCGAUGCAUCCAAAAGCAUGGCACCGCGAGUAUCUGCAACUGCUUGAGGAACCACCUGGUAGUUACUUUUCUUAGUUGUUGGAUAGGCAUCAAGAAUGCGUAUUUUAGAUUCUUUUGCACAUGAUAAUUUUUGGAGCUAAAUCAAAAAUAUUAUUCUUCAGCAUUUUGGCUGUUGACCUUGUUCGGUCUCACUGGUGGGAAAUAGAUGUACUUAAUUUCUGCUACCAAACUAGAUCUGUCUAUCUUUGGUGGGAUAAUCCUACCAAUUUUGGAGCCGUUUCAUUUUAUAAAAAUUCUGAAGAGACCAGCAUUGUUGUUGUAUGGA